AUGGCAAUUGCAGCAACCAUGAGCCACAACAACAACAACGAUGAAAACAACAUUGGUCACGACAACAAUAACAAAGAUGAUGAUGAUGACCAUGAGCAUGACAUGGUUAUGCCUGGGUUUCGCUUCCAUCCUACGGAAGAAGAACUCGUUGAGUUCUACCUUCGCCGUAAGGUUGAGGGCAAACGCUUUAAUGUCGAACUCAUUGCUUUCUUGGAUCUUUAUCGCUAUGACCCUUGGGAACUUCCUGUACUCUCGAAAAAGGAUCUCCUUCUUGGUCUUCUUGCUAGAGUCGAAUCUUUCUGUGCUGAGAUAUCGCUUUGCCGUGUCUACAAGAGAGCUGGAGUAGAAGAUCACCCAUCUCUCCCUCGUUCACUUCCAUCACGAGCAUCCUCAUCGAGGGGGCCUCAAUCUGAGAAGAAACACCAAAGUACUCAUCUUAUGGUGGAAAGAUUUCAUCCUUUUGUCGGACAAUCAUCAUCAUCACAGCAAAUUGAAAUGGAAAAGAUGAGUGAAACAGAUGCAAGCAGUAGCUCAGAUGUCCCAACAGCUCUUGGACUAUCUAAGCAUAACAUUAAUGCCUACCAUCCAAUCCCUCCAAUUAGUACCUCACUGGGACUGCCAGCUUCAGUAGAAGAAGGAAUGUUUCUAAACCAGUCCAAGUCUUUAGUCCCCAACUGCACUAACCUCUUCACCGUCACAUCUUCCAUGUCGUCGAAUCCAGUCGAUGAUCUGCACAGACUAGUUAACUACCAACAAGCUAGCAUAAGUCAUCAUCACCAUCAGGAUCAGCAGCAGCAGCAACAACAACAACAAUUUUAUCUUCUUCAACCACCCCAACACCAACCCUCACAGCUCUCUAGCAUGGCGCCACAGUCGCAGCCACUGCACCUCAGCAUGCUACCAAACAUGCUACCAACCACCUUUCAAGACAGACUAUGGGAAUGGAAUCAAAUGCCAGACUCAAAUAGAGACUACAAUAAUCCAUUCAAGUAA